AUGGACCGCGGUCACCCCUCAGCAGUUGCCGACACGAAGACUGCGGACAAGACCUCCUCUACAGAUGCGCAAGCUACGGCCAGUGACGUGGAGAAGCAGGAACCUCCACCUCAACAUGCGCCGUGUUGCGAGCCAUCGCAAUCCAGGCUCUCGGCCUUCAGCUCCCUCGGCUUCCUCGACCGCUUCCUGGCCGCGUGGAUAUUCCUGGCUAUGCUCAUCGGCAUCCUCCUGGGCAACUUCGUCGACGAUGUUCAGCCGGCACUACAACGGGGGAAUUUCGUGGGGGUGUCUUUGCCCAUUGCAAUUGGUCUGCUGGUCAUGAUGUAUCCCAUUCUCUGCAAGGUGCAGUACGAGAAGCUGCAUGAAGUGUUCAGGACGAGAGAAGUCUGGGUUCAGCUGGGGUUCAGCAUCAUCGUAAACUGGAUCAUUGCGCCGCUUGUCAUGCUCGGCCUGGCCUGGGCUUUUCUCCCCGACCAACAGGGCCUCCGCGAGGGCCUCAUCCUGGUCGGCAUCGCGCGGUGCAUCGCCAUGGUUCUGAUCUGGAACAGUCUGGCCCGAGGCCACGGUGACUACUGCGCCAUCCUGGUUGCCGUCAACUCGCUCCUGCAGAUCGUCCUGUUCGCCCCCCUCUCGCUGCUCUUCCUCCGCGUCUUCAACCCGCACGCGCGGCAGGCCAUGCAAGACAUCUCCUACGCGACCGUGGCCACGUCGGUCGGCGUGUUCUUGGGCAUCCCGCUGGGCGCGGCCAUGCUCACCCGCCUCGUGCUGCUGCCGCUGCUCGGGCCGGACCGGUACCGGACGCACUUCGUCCGCUUCGCGGCGCCGUGGUCGCUGAUCGGCCUGCUGUUCACCAUCCUGGUGCUGUUCGCCUCGCAGGGGAAGCAGGUGGUGCACCAGAUCGUGUCGGUCGUGCGCGUCGCCGCGCCGCUGGUGGUGUACUUUGCGCUGAUCUUUUUCGCCACGCUGGUGCUGGCUCGGAAGAUGGGCUUCCGCUACGGCUAUGCCGUCACGCAGAGCUUUACCGCCGCGAGCAACAACUUUGAGCUGGCCAUCGCCGUGGCCGUCGCCGCGUUUGGCCCGCACUCGGACCAGGCGCUGGCCGCGACAGUGGGGCCGCUUAUCGAGGUGCCCGUGCUGUUGGGGCUGGUGUAUGCGGUGAGAUGGUUUGCGAAGAGGACCGGGUGGAAGGACCCAGAAGUAGAAAGCUGA